CUCGCCCUCCUCCUCCUCGCCUUCCUCCCGCUGCUCCGCCGCGCCGCACGGCUGCAGCUCCUUCCUCCCCGGCGUCCGCGGCGAUGUUUAACCGCGCCGUGAGCCGGCUGAGCAGGAAGCGGCCGCCGUCAGACGCCCAUGACAGUGAUGGUAGUUCCAGCAGCAGCCGCAGCAGCAGCCGCCAGAGCCUCAAGAGCACAGCCAAAUGGGCAACCUCCCUGGAGAACCUGCUGGAAGACCCUGAAGGCGUGAAGAGAUUUAGGGAAUUUUUAAAAAAGGAAUUCAGUGAAGAAAAUGUUUUGUUUUGGCUAGCAUGUGAAGAUUUUAAGAAAACUCAAGAUAAAAAGCAGAUGCAGGAAAAGGCAAAGGAGAUCUACACAACCUUUCUGUCCAGUAAGGCCUCAUCACAAGUCAAUGUGGAGGGACAGUCUCGGCUCAAUGAAAAGAUCCUGGAAGAGCCACAUCCUCUCAUGUUCCAGAAACUCCAGGACCAGAUCUUCAAUCUCAUGAAGUAUGACAGCUACAGCCGCUUUCUAAAAUCUGACUUGUUUUUAAAACACAAGCGAACCGAGGAAGAGGAAGAAGAUCCACCCGAUGCUCAGACUGCAGCUAAAAGAGCCUCUAGAAUUUAUAACACAUGAGCCCCCAGUGGCCAGGACUGACAGCUUUAAGAAGGAAAGGAAGCGACUCUCAGGACCAUGCAGGGUUUAUAAUUGCUUUUGUUAUUUGCAAGGACUGAAAUGUACAAAACCCUUCAGUGGGGUCUGUGUAUUUUAUUAACUGCUUCACCAGUAAGUUUUGCAUGAUGCCUAAUCUUAUAUUAAAAAAAAUAGCUUUGAAGUUUUAGUUCACAAGAUGAACAGAGAUUCCUUCAACACUGGA